UUCAGUAGUCAAGAUCUUAACUUUUUCACACUCAAGCUAUAUCGCUCAACAAUUCAUUUAAUACCCAGGAACUCCCAAGGAUCCGCCAUUUUUGAGAUCUAUUUUAAACUCCUUGUUUAAAUUCCGGUCCCGAAUCCGACGCAAAGAAUCCCUGCCCUCUACUCACUGGGAAAUAAGUGUAUAUUAUAAGUUCCAAUGGCAGCGAGAAAACCUGGUGUAAUUGCCUUGUUUGAUGUUGAUGGAACUCUCACAGCCCCAAGAAAGGUAUCCACUCCAAAGAUGUUAGAGUUCAUGCAGGAACUCCGAAAGGUUGUUACUGUGGGAGUGGUGGGUGGAUCUGACCUCUCUAAGAUAUCAGAGCAGCUUGGCAAGACAGUUACUGAUGAUUAUGAUUUCGUAUUUUCGGAGAAUGGGCUUGUAGCUCAUAAAGAUGGGAAGCUUAUUGGCACCCAGAGCUUGAAGACUUUUCUUGGAGAAGAAAAGCUCAAGGAAUUUAUAAAUUUUACACUUCAUUAUAUUGCUGACCUGGAUAUUCCAAUAAAAAGGGGAACAUUUAUAGAAUUUCGGAGUGGGAUGAUUAAUGUAUCUCCAAUUGGGCGAAAUUGCAGCCAAGAAGAAAGGGACGAAUUUGAAAAGUAUGACAAGGUCCAUAACAUUCGCCCAAAAAUGGUUUCUGUACUGCGUGAGAAGUUCUCUCACCUUAACCUUACAUUUUCAAUAGGUGGACAGAUAAGCUUUGAUGUUUUUCCUCAAGGUUGGGACAAGACAUACUGCUUGAGAUACCUCAAUGAGUUUAAUGAAAUCCACUUCUUUGGUGACAAAACUUACAAGGGAGGAAAUGACUAUGAAAUAUAUGAAUCAGAUCGAACUGUGGGUCACACAGUUACCAGCCCUGAUGAUACAGUGGUGCAGUGUAAAGCUCUCUUCCUAGCAAAUCCUUGAACUAUAUGGCAAUUAUUUUUUGGUUCAAUUGUAUUCCCCAUUGAUAGCAAAUGAUUAUCUGUUAACUGGGGGAAAUCCUAUUUAAAUUAAAUUUAAAUUAAAAGGCGAAAAUUAUGCCCUUACUCAUUUGUAUAUUACACUUUUGAGAAUAAGUGUCAAAGUAGAAUUUUUGCCCAAGUAAUUUUUCUAACAAUUCAGAAUGGAUGGAGAGAUGUUGUCAA